GUGACUCAGUGACUCAGUUGACUCAGUGACUCAGUGGAAGGGUUUCGGAUCGACCGCGCCGCUCAGCUGCUCUCUGAGACCAAGCGUCACCUCACCGGCCAAAAACAUGUCCAAACUGGAGCAGAUCCUUAUCCUAGAACCCCCCACCGACCUGAGGUUCAGAGGCCCUUUCACAGAUGUCGUCACUGCUAACCUGAAGCUCAAGAAUCCGUCAGAGAGGAAAGUAUGUUUCAAAGUGAAGACCACAGCGCCGCGCAGAUACUGCGUACGGCCGAACAGCGGCAUCAUCGACCCCGGGGCCACGCUCACCAUCUCAGUUAUGCUGCAGCCGUUUGAUUACGACCCCAAUGAGAAGAGUAAACACAAGUUCAUGGUACAGACCAUCUUCGCCCCCGCAGCCGCUACAGACACAGAAGCCAUGUGGAAAGACGCGAAACCCGAUGACCUCAUGGAUUCCAAACUCAGAUGCGUCUUUGAGCUGCCGUCUGAAAACGAUAAAGUGAACGACGUUGACUCCGCUUCUAAAUCAGCGGCGGUUCUGAACUCCUCCAAAGCGGACGGGUCGGUGUCGGUGAAACCCGUCAGCGCGGCUCUGGACGACUCUGAGAUGAAGAAGAUCCUGGAGGAGUGCAGACGCUUGCAGACGGAGGCCAGCAAGCUGAACGAUGAGAACCGCCGGCUCAAGGUACAGCCAGAGCCAAUCAUUCACUUACGCUUUACUGACGUCCGAUUGGAUAAAAGCGUCUACUCAGUGAGUAAUAAAGCAAUAACAACGCCCCUUAGCUGUUAUAAAUUCACUGUAAAUGUUUACAUUAAAUGUUAA